GUCGAUUAUAAAUGGUACGCCCUUUCUCUCUCUAACAAUCACAAUUUCUGACCCCCCCACCCCCACCCACCCCCACCUCAGUUUCCCUCACUGUGUAGUUGACCCCUAAAUCUCUCUCUCUCUCUCUCUCUCUCUCUACUGUGUCGCUUUGUUUCUCUCUCUACAAUUUCACAGUCAAGCUUCCAUGGCGAUUGACGAAGAGCUCGGCAAAUCUGCGUCACUCCCUCCUUACCCAGAGAUGAUAAUGGAAGCCAUAGAAGCACUGAAGCAGAAAGACGGUUCAGACAAGUCAUCGAUAUCGGAGUACAUCGAGUCGAAGUACAAAGAAAUCUCAGACGACCACGAAGACAUCCUCGAAGCCAACCUCACCUCCAUGAAGGAAAACGGCGAGCUUCUCUUCGUCAACAACAGCUACCUCAAGGCAGGGGCCGAUGCCCCCGUCAAGCGUGGAAGGGGCCGCCCCCCAAAGCCGAAAGACCCCUCUGCCCCCGCCCCUGCUCCCGCCCCUGCCGCUCCGGCAGGUAGCUCUAGAGGUAGGGGUCGGCCAAGAAAGGACCCGAGUGCACCGGCUGCUGCCAAGAAAGCCAAGACUUCGGCGGGACCCACUGGUAGUGGGAGGCCGAGGGGUAGGCCGAGGAAGGACAAAACCGAUGCUGUGCAGAAUGGUGUGGAAGUCUGAAUAUUGGUUCUUGUUUUUUAGUUUCGGUUUUCGAUUUCGGUUACGAUCUCGAUUUCUUACCCUUUGACUUUUGUUGGUUUAGGAGUUUGUUUAUCAUGUGUUUGGAUUAUCAUAUCUGUAGGUGUUUUACUUAUUGUAAUUUGUAAUGGGAAUGAUUUUAAUUAGUGUUUAAUUUUGUUGUCUAUGGCUGUAUUUUGGGGGCUAUAUGUUAUCUUUAAUGUUUUAU